AAAACUAUUCCUUUUUUGGUCAAAUCUCACACUCACAUACUCACCUAGGUUUCUGCUCCUUAUUGUCAAACCCAAAUCUUCUCUGCUUACAUCUCUCCAAACCCAUUUUUGUGAAUGCAAGAUCAAGCCUCAAACCCCCCUAAAUGGCCUCCCUUGAGACUAUACCGGUCCAAACUUCAUCGGACUUGCUUGAUACCACCACGAUUAUUGCACUUUCAGUGUUCUUCACCCUUCUCUGUGCUUGCAUUAUCAUCGGACACCUCCUGGAGGAGAACCGGUGGGCUAAUGAAUCCAUCACUGCACUUCUUUUGGGGUUGUGUGCUGGAGCAGUGGUGCUGCUAGUGAGUAAAGGGAACAGUUCACGCCUUUUGGUGUUCAGUGAGGACCUGUUCUUCCUUUAUUUGCUUCCUCCCAUCAUUUUCAAUGCUGGGUUCCAGGUCAAGAAGAAGCAAUUCUUCAAGAAUUUCACGAUUAUAUUGCUGUUUGGAAUAUUUGGUACAGUAAUCUCAUUCUGCCUCAUAUCAUUCGGUGCAUCUUUGUUGUUCAAGAAAAUAGGUGUCACAUCCUUGGUCAUUCAAGAUUAUUUAGCUAUUGGUGCCAUAUUAUCUGCAACUGACUCCGUUUGUACAUUACAGGUUCUAAGUCAAGAUGAAACUCCAUUGCUGUACAGUAUUGUCUUUGGAGAGGGAGUAGUGAAUGAUGCUACCUCUAUUGUGCUUUACAAUUCAGUCCAAUCACUAGACUUCAACCAUAUUGAUGCCACUAUAGCCUUGAAAUUGUUGGGGACUUUUCUUUACCUCUUCUUCACCAGUACCAUUCUCGGUUUAGCAGUGGGUCUUUUAAGUGCUUUUAUCAUAAAGACGCUUUAUUUUGGAAGGCAUUCAACAGAUCGGGAGAUUGCACUUAUGAUGAUUAUGGCUUAUUUGUCAUACAUGUUGGCUGAGCUGUUAAGUUUGAGCGGGAUUUUGACAGUUUUCUUCUGUGGCAUUGUCAUGUCGCACUAUACAUGGCAUAAUGUUACUGAAAGCUCGCGGAUAACAGCCAAGCACGCAUUUGCAACAAUGUCAUUCAUUGCAGAAACCUUUAUAUUCUUGUAUGUCGGAAUGGAUGCCUUGGACAUCUCAAAAUGGAAAGAGAGCUGUGCAGGUGCAGGAACUUCAGUUGCUGUUAGUUCAACAUUGCUUGCCCUUGUGUUGAUUGGAAGGGCAGCAUUUAUAUACCCCCUAGCAAAUCUCAUCAACUGUCUUUCAAAAAGAGAGGGUGCCAAAAUUGAGUUUAGAAAACAGUUUAUAAUGUGGUGGGCAGGCCUGAUGAGAGGCGCAGUUACAAUUGCUUUGUCUUACAACGAAUUUUCUUCAAGCUCCAAGGCAACAUCAACAAAAGAUUCUGCGUUGAUGAUCACAUGUACAAUAAUAGUUGUCCUGUUUAGUACUGUGGUUUUUGGUUCUGUAACCAAGCCUCUAAUCGAAGCUGUACUGCUACGACAUGCAAGACCAGCAAUAUCUGAUGCAACUGACAUUCCCAGUCUUGACGACUUGAGGCUGCUAUUCCUGGAAAACGGCGAUGAGGAUGACCAGGAUGGCAAUGGCAACCUGCCAGUGCCAAGAAGGAGCAGCUUCAGGUUGCUGAUAACUUACCCUACUUUUACCGUGCAUUACUUUUGGAGAAAAUUUGAUGACAAGAUCAUGAGACCUGUUUUUGGUGGCCGUGGAUUCGUUCCAUUUGUGCCUCAUUCCCCAACAGGUGCAGAAAAUGAGACCUGAAUCUGAGGAAUCUACCACAAAUUUUUGUAUUUAUAACUGUUACUAUGAUUUUAUUUUCUAGUGUUCCAUAAUAAUAUUUAAGUGAUUCUGGAAAGUACCCAGGAUGUAACAGGAACAUACGUCUCGAGUUUCCAAGUUGUAUCUUUUUAGGGUUAUUUCAAGUGGAUCCCAGAAGAUGACUUUUGGGAUGAAUUAGUCAUCCUUUGUAUCAUUUAAUGCAUAAUUUCCCAUACCUAGGUAAGUCUCUGAUGUUACAUAAGCAUUAUCAAGUGUCAUUAUCAGGUGUCAAUGGUACAUAUCCAUGUCAAGAGAAAGGGUCACGAGGUGGCCCAUGUUCUGCUGGCACUAGGUGUGGUCCCUCUCCCCGUACAUUUAUGGAGUAUAUU